CGAUUGUCAUAGGAGUUAGUGAUGUCUCGGCUUUGGAUGUGGUGUGUUGCGCUUGCGCUGGUCGGGCUGUGGUUCGCGCCGGCGCAGGCUGUGGUGGGCGGCGCACCGGCUGCGCCCCCCGAGCCUGACGCGGCGGUGGUGUUCACCCAGCGCCACGGCUUCAGCUCCCGUAUCGAAGGAAUCAAAGAUGAAAAACUUGGAUAUUACAGCUUCUUCGGGAUUAGAUAUGCAGAGCCACCACUGGGUCCUCAGAGGUUCCAGCGGCCCAUCCGCCGGUACCUUGCAGGAGAGAUGAUGGCUACCCAGCAGUGCCUUCCAUGUCCUCAACCCGAUCCUUACCAGCGAGGGCGAAUCUUAGGACAUGAAGACUGCCUCUGUCUUAACGUGUAUGCUCCUAAAAUGCCUGCUACGGAAGAAGGAAGCCCGGUUGUCUUCUUCAUUCACGGUGGUAACUAUAGAACAGGAUCGACACAUUCUUAUGGAGGACAACAUUUGGUUCAAAAGGAUACGAUAUUGGUAACAGCACAGUAUCGGUUAGGCUCGCUUGGAUAUCUGAGCACGGGGCAAAGAGAUGCAGGAGGCAAUGUUGGACUGUUUGACCUACACGCUGCUAUGGUCUGGAUACAAGACUACAUUCAAUUCUUCGGGGGUGACGCAAAGCGAGUGGUUGUAAUGGGCCAAGGUUCUGGGGGCAGUGCCGCUUCUCUCCUGGCGUUGUCUCCUGAAGGUCGCACUGCUACGGGAGUCGCCGCUUUGUCAGGCGCUCCCUUGUCUCCUGGCGCCGUGAGACCAGAUCCUGAAAAACAUGCGGAUGCUUUAGCUGAACGUACGGGAUGCCCGAAGAAACCAGCUGAAAGUCUUCUCAUAUGCUUACGGAAAUUGCCAGUUGAAGAACUUGUACAGGCUGACGAGGAUUUGAAUAUGGACAUGGUAGACACACAAAGAUUUUUGGAAGAAAUUUCAGGACGAUCAGGUGCUGGUGCUAGAGUAGAAGGUGCGGAUGACCUCCGAGGUCUGCCGCCUCUCGUAGCCGAAGCUCCAGCUGAGUCACUUGGCAGGAAACAGAAACGUGUCCCUCUCCUCACCGGCGUCACGUCGGCAGAGACCUCAAGGGCUGUGUUUGGCAAAUUUAACAAAUUCCUGACGAACCAACUCCAAAAUGUGAAGGACUUCCUCAAGAAAGAUGUAAUAGGCGGACUUCAGAAUGUGGUGCAAGGAGUUGAGGGUCUGAUCCCACUGGCUUCUAACGUUCAAGCUGUCCUGCCCAUCUCCGACUACUAUCAGGGCUUGUUUGAUCAGGCUUCUAAUCUCAUUGAUGGACUUUCUGAGGUCGCGGAAGCUACAGGUGAUGCCCUGUUCAACUUCCCGGCGUACCAGAGCGUGCAGCAGUGGAGUUCAGGUGGCCAGGCGUUCCUGUACAGCUUCGAGCACGUCGGAAACCUUUCUAAGGGCUGGCAUUUCCUGCCUGGCGUCUCUUUAGCGGAAAAGUCGACUGACGAGCCGAUGAAGCCUAAGAAAGCGCAAGGUCCGUCCCACGGAGACGAGUUAGCAUAUAUCUUCGAACCAUUGGGCCCUGACGGCCAGCCCAUGGGCGGCGAGGUCUCCAGCACCGAUGCUCGAGUCAGGGAGAACUUUGUGGGGCUUAUCUCCAAGUUCGCACACGGACUUGAUGAUGCCAAAACCAAGAACACUUCAAAGAUCUUAGGUGGCAUACUGUUCCCUUCGAGCGCAGAUCAAUUUUUGAAGAUUGGCGAAUCGUUGACAAUUGAUAAAGAUUUUAGGUUCUGUCAGAUCGGAUUAUGGGGCAAUAUGGGAGACAGAUUAACAGGAGCACUGUGCAAGAAUCUCCUCGGCAACUUAUUGAAUUUGCAACAGCUGGGCAAAUUGCCAGCCAUACCAGGACAAUUGCCGGGCCAGUUGCCGGGACAAUUGCCUGUGCAGUUGCCCGGACAGAACACUAUGCAAUUAGUGCCAGGACUGUUGGGUAAACAGCCAACUAGAACUCCUCAGAGGCAGCCACAGAAACCACAAAGAACCACACAGGGACCUUUUAAGCUCCCGUUUGAUUUUUGAGUUUACUAAGUAAGAAGUUUGUAUUGUCAGUGCCAUAAUUUUAACACCUUAAUAAAUAAAAGAUUUUA